GUUCUCAUUGCUUAAUUAUGAAUGUGACAGUGAGACAUUGAUCCUUUUUACUUUCCCUGCGUUUGUUUGAUUCGGGAAAGUUCGUUAAUACGUGUUCCAAAAGAAUUUUGAAAAUUUCGGAUUAGCUAUACGUAAUAGCUGUGAAGGGCUGCUUUAAGUUAACCCUUUUUGUUGCUGAAUCACUCGUGAUUCAUAUGGUUCUCAGCUCAACGCAGAACGUGUUGGUUGGUUUGUUUUUAGCUCGAGAGUUCAAGGGGAUUCUCUUUCUCUCUCUUUGGAAACUGAAUGUUCGCUUUAUUUAAGUUGUUCUGGGAAGUGGGAAAAGUGGGAAGGGUCGAAGCUUGUAGUUCUCUUGCUUUUGUGAAGCUGAAGAAAGGGUCUGGCUUAGCUCAUUGCUUGUGUAAGCUAUGGCAUCUUGUUUAGGAGUUGGGGUGUCAUUGUUUGGAGUUUCAGUUCAACGGAGUAGGAAUUCAUGGGGAGUGCGAGUUAGAAGCGAAGGUGGAGCUUCAGCUGAUUCAGUUUCAGCUGUGGUGAAUGGAGCUUCUGUGGUUGGGGAGAAGGAGGGAAGUUGGUCUUCAAUAGAUAAGGGCAAUGGUUGGUUAAAGUCUAAAUCUUCAGAGAAAAAGAUUAAGUUGAGGGAUGAUGUUCCACAGAAGUUGGAGCCAUUUUGGGAUGAUGGGUAUGGGACUGUGACUGUGAAAGAUUACUUUGCUGCCGCUAAGGAUUUUACUCAGCAUCCUGAUGGCGGUCCACCUCGCUGGUUUUGCCCUGUUGCAUCUGGAUCUCCAUUAAAGGGUUCUCCAAUUCUUUUGUUUUUACCUGGAAUGGAUGGCACUGGAUGUGGCCUUAUCAUGCAUCAUAAAGCUCUUGGGAAGGCUUUUGAAGUUCGGUGCCUACAUAUUCCUGUUCAAGAUCGAACGCCAUUUGAAGGACUUGUGAAGCUCGUUGAAGAAACUAUCAGGUCAGAGCAUGCUUGUUCCCCAAACAAACCAAUUUAUUUAGUUGGGGACUCAUUUGGAGGGUGCUUAGCACUUGCAGUGGCUUCACGUAAUCCUAAAAUGGACCUUGUUUUGAUUUUAGCAAAUCCAGCUACUUCUUUUGGCUGGUCUCAAUUGCAACCCCUGUUUCCGUUGUUAGGAGCUAUGCCUGAUGUACUACAUGAAACAGUUCCUUAUGUUCUUAGCUUUGUUAUGGGUGAACCAUUGAAAAUGGCAACGGUCGAUGUUGAAAGCAAGCUUCCUCCAAUGCAGCAAUUUGAAAAAGUAUCACAAAACUUGACUGCCUUACUACCAUAUCUUUCGGAUCUGGCUAGCAUUAUACCAAAGGAUACCCUUCUUUGGAAGCUGAAGCUGCUCAAAUCAGCUGCUGCUUAUGCUAAUUCUCGUCUCCAUGCUGUUAAUGCCGAAGUACUUGUGCUUGCUAGUGGCAAGGAUAACAUGGUUCCAAGUGGAGAUGAAGCCCAACGACUUCGGAAAUCAUUGCAAAAUUGUACAGUUCGGUAUUUCAAGGAAAAUGGGCACACCUUAUUAUUGGAAGAUGGCAUUGGUUUAAUGACAGUCAUUAAAAGCACUUACAAGUAUCGCCGGUCAAGAAAGCAUGAUGCUGUUACGGAUUAUCUUCCACCCAGUUUAGCAGAGUACAAUUAUGCUUUUACUCAAGUGACUGGACUAUUUCAUUUUCUCACUGGUUCUACAAUGUUCUCAACUUUGGGAGAUGGAACUAUAGUGAAAGGUCUUUCUGGAGUUCCUAAUGAAGGUCCCGUGUUGCUAGUAGGUUAUCACAAUUUAUUAGGAUUGGAGCUAACUCCUUUAGUUGAAGGAUUCUUGAGAGAGAAGAGUAUUGUGGUUCGUGGAAUAGCACAUCCAGAGUUGUUCUUGGGAAAACUCGAGUCUGAAUCUCCUGAAUUUUCUAUGAUUGACUGGGUGAAAGUAUUUGGUGCAGUACCUGUCACUGCUAACAAUCUAUACAAAUUGUUAUCAGAAAAAGCACACGUUCUCCUCUAUCCUGGGGGUGCUCGCGAGGCUCUUCACUAUAAGGGUGAAGAGUAUAAGCUGUUCUGGCCAAAUCAACAGGAAUUUGUGAGAAUGGCUGCUCGUUUUGGGGCUACAAUUGUACCAUUUGGUGCUGUUGGAGAAGACGACAUAGCACAACUGACCUUAGAUUAUAAUGACCUGAUGAAAAUUCCUGUAGUUAGUGACUACAUCAGAGAGGCAAAUCAGAAUUCUGCUAGAGUGAGGGAUGUGGAUAGUGGAGAGGUCGGUAAUCAGAAUCUUUUUCCUCCUUUGCUCUUGCCCAAGAUACCCGGCCGUUUUUACUACCUGUUUGGUAAGCCAAUAGUAACAAAAGGGAGGGAGGAAAUCCUGAAGGACAAGAAUAGUGCAAACCAAUUGUAUAAUCAGGUUAAAUCUGAAGUUGAACAUAGUUUAGCUUACUUGAUUAAGAAGCGGAAGGAGGAUCCAUAUCGAAACUUUGUCGACAGAACGGUGUAUAAAGCCAUUUAUUCCUCUCAACAUGAAGUUCCUGCAUUUGACCCAUGAGAAAUGAUUCUUUAAGGUGAUGCUUAGUCUCUUAUUAGUAACAACUUACCGUCUUUUCCUUUCUGUAAGUUUGGACACUCCAAGUUCCAUGAGAGGAUACAUAAUGCUAUGGCAUUGGAAUAUAAGAGAAGUCAGAUUGUAAUCACAACCAAAAAUUACAACCAUUUUAUAGUGGUUGUUAUGCCUAUGUUUGUAUUUUGAUGUUGCAGUUGGAUACAACCAUUCUUUCCAAAGAUUGAAGAACUUUUGGAGGUUUGCUUUCAAAUAUUUCCAUCCCAAUAUGUCAAGUCGUAAUCUAGAAGAAAGACUUCAAUGGGUAUGAACUAUGAGCUUGAAUCUGGUUUUGUUCUCCCAUUUCAGCUUGAAGAAGAUGCCUGUACUAUAAACAAUUAGGAAUUCAAAGAAUGUCCAAACUCUGAUUAAGCCACACAAAAAAAGGUUACCUUGUAAAUUUUUAGCUUAUUUUGGUCACCCAUUUUUUCUGAUAGAUACAUAGCUAUUGGAAGCUUUCCUAUUUUCUGAAUUUGAAUAUUAAAACUUGGAUAAGUUCAAUAAAGAAAUUGUUAUUAGCCUUGUGAUAUCAAAAA